UCUCCGCCUAUUCCCUCGCGUUUCACUCCUGCGGCUGCGACCAACGCCUCUACUGCGUACUGCAAAAUGACAUCUCCUAGUUUGAACUAUAGUGGUAGUGCUACUGGAUUUAAUGCCCAAUUUGAUUCACCAGUUUAGGAUCUCUGAAAAAAACAUGAUGUUCUCACUCAAACCCACUUCAAUUUCUUCUUCAACUACGACGAGGAGAAUUAUAAGCAGCUAUUUUUGCCCUGUCGCAAUUUGGCGUCUCCUCCAUACUCACCCCUCAUCUCUCCAAAAUGACGAUGUAGAUGUAAUCUUUCGCAUCGUUACUACAUCAAGAACUCCAGAGGACAUGAAACAGUCCUUGAAAUCAUCUCAAAUUUCUAUCUCAAAUGAAUUGAUUGACGGAGUACUCAAAAGGGCAAGAUUCUCUCACUCGAACCCAUUGCCAGUCCUGGAGUUUUUCAAAUUUACUUCAAAGAGACGUGAGUUUUUCCAUACUGCUCUUUCUUAUGACACUAUGUUGUAUAUUCUGGGUAGAAACCGGAAAUUCGACGAAACAUGGCAAGUUUUAGCGGAAAUGAGGAGAAAGGACCAGUCUUUGAUUACUCCCAGAACUGUUCAAGUGGUUUUAGCUAGGGUGGCUAAGGUCUGUUCCGUCACGCAGACAGUUGAGUCGUUUUGGAAGUUCAAGAAACUUGUUCUCCACUUCGAUACCCAGUGUUUCAAUGCUUUGUUAAGGGCAUUGUGUCAGGAAAAGAGUAUGGUUGAUGCUAGGAAUGUGUACCAUAGCUUGAAGAGGGACUUCGAGCCUAAUUUGCAGACCUUUAACAUACUCUUGUCGGGUUGGAAAUCGUGUGAGGAGGCCGAGGGGUUUUUCGCAGAGAUGAGGGAAUUGAGUGUGGAGCCAGAUGUUGUUUCGUAUAAUUGUUUGGUUGAUGUUUAUUGUAAGGGGAGAGAGGUUGACAAGGCCUUCGAGGUUAUGAAGGAAAUGAGGAAGAGGGAUAUUGAUCCAGAUGUGAUAACUUAUACGAGUUUGAUUGGGGGUCUAGGGCUAGCAGGGCAACCCGAUAAGGCCAAGAAACUUUUGACCGAUAUGAGGGAGUGUGGAUGUUACCCUGAUGUUGCUGCUUAUAACGCUGCCAUUAGAAAUUUCUGUAUUGCGAAGAGGAUCGAGGAUGGAUUUAAGCUAGUGGAUGAGAUGGUAAAGCGGGGGUUGAGCCCAAAUCCGACUACUUAUAAUGUGUUCUUGAGAUCGUUUCAUUGGGCAAAUGAUUUGAAGCGUGCUUGGAGUUUGUAUGAGAGGAUGAAGAGGACCGGGUGCAUGCCCAACACGCAAUCAUGUAUGUUCUUGAUCAGGUUGAUUAGGAGGCAGGAGAAUGUGGAGAUGGCACUCGAGUUAUGGAAUGAUAUGGUGGAGAAAGGGUUUGGCUCGUAUACAUUGGUGUCUGAUGUUUUGUUCGAUUUGCUUUGCGAUUUGGGGAAGCUGAAAGAGGCGGAAAGGUGUUUCUUGCAAAUGUUGGAGGCGGGGCAUAAACCUAGUUUUGUUGCUUUUAGGAGGGUGAAGGUUCUUAUGGAAUUGGCUAAUAAGCACGAGGCGAUUCAAAACUUGUCGGACAAGAUGGCUGCUUUUGGUUCCGCAAUUAAACUCAGGCUUGAGAGCGAGACCAAGUUUGAAACAUCGGCUUCUGAUAAGUUUCUAGAAUCACAUACGAUGCGUUGAGGCAUUUUCCUCACCACAACCCCAAAAUGAAAGGAGAAAAUCAAAAUUUCUCUCCCACCUUAUAUGGAAUAUGUGUUUCCCAUGUUCAUGGAAAAUAAUCACUUUUCGAUUAACAAAUUGGCAUCA